AUGCUUAAAGUUGAGGAGGUGGCCAACAGUGUCACUAAGGUACUCACGGAUCACAAAAUGAGUGUAGUUAUCAGGUUAUCAUCCACCAAGGAAGAUCUAGAGAUCAAGAGACUAGUCAGGAUGAUGGAAACCAGAGAAGGUUAUUUGCUGUUACGUGGGAAGAACUGCAUCCCCAUGACUCCACAAAUUUCUGGUCCCUCUUCCAAAGACUUACCUAAAGAUCAUAAGAGAGUUCCCAAGAUUGGUCCUGAAGGCAGCAAAUCUGCUGCUGUGCAUCAAAUGCUGCUUGAAGCAUCCACUGGAAUAGAUCCAGACAGUUCGCCCUUAUCAGACGUUCCUCCUGAGCCUCUGCCAGCACCUUGUCCACGUAAACACAAACCACGCAAAGGACCACCUCCACAUGUUGUACUGAUGAAUGAGCUCAGAGAUUCUUUGUGGAACACUUACUCUGAUAAAGGUACACAGCGGGCUAGUGAUCUAAGUAGCCAUGGAAUCAUAUCUGCUAAUAAGAAGCAACUUUUGCGAUUUCGUAAUGAGAGGUUAAGCCGUGGGCAAAUAAAGUAUCUUACCUGGCUUGGUUUAAACUUAGCAAAGAGAGCAUCAAAAAAUUCUUAUCUGGAUUCGUUAGAAGGGAGUCAUAUAAUGAUGGAUCUUGGAAUGUUUGGGUUGAAGGGAAGUGCUCGUCCACCACCAAGCUGGUCUCUAGUUCUUGAUUCUCAGGGUAGUAGAAUAGAUACUGAUGCAGCUGUGAGGCCAAAAGUCAGCCAGAGUCAAACUACUCUGGAAGAUGGUAUUGCUCAGGAUCAUUUGCCUGGUGCUAAACUCAUGCAGCCUCCUCCAGCACACACUACUGCAUUAACUGUACCUCAUAUGUAUAGUACUAACACUUUGCCACCAGGACAUGUUUAUGCCACAACUUUCCUGGCUCCAGGGCAGCUUCAGACUGGUCAAGGACAGUUGCAUGUUCUUGCUCCCAUUCCAGGUGUACAAGAUGGAAGUGGCUCUCUAUCAUCAGCACAGGUUCAUACCCAAGCAGUUGUCAAUCAAGGAAGGAUGUAUGGUCAGACUGCAAUUCCUCCAGCCCAUGUCCCUAUCUCGACAGGUAUUCCACCAACAGCAGUAGUACAAACAAGUUCUCCCAUGGGGACAAGAAUUUUGAGUGUAGACCAUACAGGCAGAGUUCGAGAGACAUUAAGUCAAGGCAUACCUACAGCAUACAGUAGAUAUCCAUCGGCACCUAGACCUGACGGCUGGAACACUUCCAGGUCAAGCGGCCGUUCAUCACCGCCUCCGCCUCUUACAUUUAUGGGAGGAGGUGCUUUAAGCAGCAACUUAAAAGCCUCUAGAGUGAUGCCACCACCUCUUUCAUUCAUGGGAGCAGCUUCAGAGACUUCAACAAGACCAGUCAUGCAGUUGAGUUACUCACAGGCUAGUCCAAGGUCACUUCAUGCAGGGAAUUGGGCCCGAGCUUUAGACUUAAGUCAGCAGGGGUCUGCCUCUCAAAAUUAUAGUGUUAUUAACCAUACAAGACAGGUUACAGAUAAACGACCACCAAAUCUCUCAUAUGCUGCUCAAGGGCACAUUGUAGUGGAACAACAGCAGCAGCAGCAACAGCAGCGCCAGCAACACCAGCAGCAGCAACAGCAGCGCCAGCAGCAGCCAGUUAUAACGUAUAAUAACAAGAGUCAAAGUGGUUUGGAGCAGCAGCCAUCUCGAGCAGGAAAUGCUGUGCAAGCACACACAGUUCCUAAUCAACACCCAUAUAAUAUAACACACACAGUUCAGGCACAAAGGCCACCAGGUUUUCCUCAAUGCAGUCAAGAGCAGCGUAUUUUGAAUCACAGACAAAAUAGUUUGCUAGAAGAAGUGCACAGAAAAAUUACAGCUAAUCAGAAACAGCCUGACUUGCUACAGGCUGAACAAGGUUCUCCUACAUUGAGCAAGCAACCAUCAAGCCUUCCACAAAAUGAGCAAAUGCAUUCUGUAUUGAAAAAACAGGUGCCAAGCUGGCCACACAUUUCUAAUAGUCAGGUUGAGAUAAGCCAGCAGCCAUCAUCUGUUCUAAGUGCCACCCAAAGGUGUGCUGCAUUAAAUCAACUUCCACCAGGUAUAUUACACAGUUCACAAGUUCAAGUUAAAGUUAUAAUGGAGCAUCGACCACCAAGUUUGCCACGAAGUGUGACAGGAUCUACAGCCCCUAGCUUACAGUCUCCGGUCACAUCUCGGCCAGAAACAUCGGACUCUAAGAGCAGUAGUAGUCCUGCAGUUGCAGUGAUCCAUCAGCUGCCCAGCAUGUCACAAGUUGAAGAAGGACCUUCAACUUUGAACCCGCAGCCUUCAUAUUUGCAAAAUAGCACCCAAAGAUAUGCUGUAUUAAGCCACCAGCCACAGGGCCAAGUUAUAAUGGAGCAACGACCUCCAAGUUUGCCACAGAGUGUGCAAGGAUCCCCGGCUUCUAGCUUGCAGACUCCAGUAUCAUCACGCAAUGCCUCACCAGACUCUACUCGCAAUCAAAGUCCUGCAGUUUCAGAUUUUGGGUCAAGUGCUGAGGAGCCUGAGCCACACCAUCACCACGAGCCAC